AGCUUUGUGCCCGGUGGCCAGAAAGUGUGGCGGAUGGCGGCGAUGCAGAAGAUGGGCAAGAAGAUUGCAGUCUUGGAGAUGAGGGAGGGGGCUCCCCGUAUUGCAGGAGUUGAGAAGAGGAUAGGUACAACCCCGAAGGAGAAGAACCAAGGUUUCGAAGAACAGGUAUCUGAUUUAUUUGGGAAGCUAAAUUUGACUGCAAAAGAGAAUGAAACAUUGGUUUUAGAAGACCUUGAAGAAUCUGAUUUGGCUGUGGUGAAUCAUGCGGUGAUUGGGAAAGUUCUUGCGCCUAGUUCUUUACAUUUGCAAACAAUUAUGUCUGCUAUGCGUCUGGCCUGGGGCAACCCAAGGGGAUUGGAAGCAAGGAUGGUGGGGGAUAAUCUCUUUAUAGCUGAGUUUGAGUCUGAGCAUGAUAAGAACAGAGCCUUGGAGGGAUCUCCAUGGUUUAUAGGCCGCCAAUCAGUGGGAAGAAAUGCAGUGAUUUUACAGGAGUUUAACUAUGAUUUAAGGCCAAGUGAUGUCAAGUUUGACGAGAUGGCUAUUUGGAUCAACAUUCUGAAUCUACCUUUUGGGCUAAGGAAUGAGAAGUGGGGUUUUGAGCUUGCUGGUAAGAUUGGAAAACAAGUCUUGAAAGUGGAUGUUGAUGAACAAAAAAGGGCAGUGGGGAAAGAGCUGAGAGCAAGAGUAAUUAUUUCAUUGAAAGAACCAUUGUGCCGAGGGGUAUCUGUUGUUUCUUCUAGGAGACAGAGAAGGGAAUGGUACGAUGUGGUGUAUGAAAAAGUCCCAUAUUUUUGUUUUUCCUGUGGCAUUAUUGGCCAUUCAGAGAUUGAAUGUCCUAAGCCGGCUCUCCGUGAUGAUAAAGGUUGUUUACCAUACAAUGAAAAAUUACGGGCACCUGAUGAGAGGAAAAUGAAGAAUCAGGGUGAAUGGCAUACUCAAGGAGAUAGCUCAUCUAGAAGGAGUAAUUCUGCUGGAGUGAGGGGGAGUGCUGACUCAAAAAAAUCUGAGACAAAUAAGAGUGAUGACAGUCAAAAAGAUGGUAUGGAAGGAAGAGUGGAUGCUGCUACCAUUGAAGCAUUUUCGCCAUUAAGAAAUCAAGUGUCCAAAGUUGGUUUGCCUCCAGAUGAUUUUCAGUCAACAAUACACUCUAAGAAACGUAAACCUGAUGAGAGGGUGUUCCAAAACAACUUGGAUGACAAUGAGGACAAUACCAUAGAAGUCUAUGAGGAUUUACCUAUGGCCCUAAUGCCAAUAAUGCUAGGGGAUAAUAAUUCUCAAGAAAGAUUGGGAGAAAGUGAACUCUCGGAUGCUUCUAAAAAAAUGAAAAAGGAAAACGCGGGGCUGCUGGAACAGCCUCGCGUGCAAAAUUGAGGCUAAUAACAUGGAAUUGCCAGGGAUUGGGGAAU